AUGGCUUUUCGCAUACUUGCUUGGAAUUGCAGAGGAAUUGUAGGAAACUCCAGGCGACGAGCUCUAAUCGAUUUGAUCCGGCAGGAGAAACCAAAGAUUCUUUUUCUCUCGGAGACUCUUUGCGAUACAAAACAACUGGACACUCUACGAGUCAAGGUAGGGUUUGAUAACUGUUUGGGUUGGCCUAAAGAUGAUGAGAAUUCAAGGGGAGUGGCUUUCUUAUGGAUGAAUGAUGUACCGGUGAGGAUUAGGAAUUAUUCUUCAAGGCAUGUUGACGUAGCCAUUGGGGUAAGAGGAGCACCGGAUGAAUGGCGUUUAACAGGCAUAUAUGGGUAUGCUCAGACCGCUGAUAGGCAUGAAACAUGGAAUUUGAUGCGCCAAUUGGCAUCUCAAUCCUCCUUGCCCUGGCUUAUUGUGGGGGAUUUCAAUGAAAUCGUUGACAACUCAGAGAAAACGGGUGGAGUCCCUCGAAGGCAUGUGCAGAUGCAAGGUUUCCGUGAGGCAAUGAUGGAUUGUUCUCUGCUUGAUAUGGGUUUUUUUGGAAGCCCUUACACAUGGUCAGACUACCAGACGAAGGAAAGGUUAGAUCGGAGCUUAUGGAAUGUGGAGCUAAGGAAUCUGUUCCCAUCUUCACGUACAACUCACUUGCCGCCAAGUUCCUCUGAUCACAGUCCUCUAUUAGUUGAGGUAAGUGAAACUCCUAUUCCGCAAACUGGGCGUAGAAAACCACUAUUUCGUUUUGAACAAUAUUGGGCAACACAUCAAGAGUGUGAAUCAGUGAUCCAACGCGGUUGGCAAUAUGCUUCUGAGGGAGAUCCAAUGAGUUAG